UCGUUUGGGUUGCAGUGAAACUGAUCAUGUUUACUGAUUAUCCAAAUAAUGCAGGAAAUACACUUCGCCUAAUCACUACAUUUUUUCACAAAACGCUUUGCUGGUAAUUUGUGUUAGGAUAGUCAUCAUAGGAAAACCAAAUGGCUUGAAUGUUCACUAAGAAUAUAUCAAAAACUUGUCUUUAUGUCCAGUUUCAGUCAAGUACAACAGGCGAAAACAGUUUAUAGACUGUACAGUUAAAAAUCUUCCAUAAGUAAUUUUAUAAACGCGAGUGAUGGAUGAUUAGAAACCUUUUAAUAGAUUCCUGUCGGUAUAUCGACUUGUAUGCAUCUGGAUUAUAUUGUGUAAGAUCUAUUCCAAAUGCACGGCAUGGCGUUUACGAAAAAGUGUUCGCUGGUAGGCCUGUGUGGUAGAUAUAAUGAUAAGUGGAGCUCCAGCAUUUGGGCAUGUGUGUGUGCUGUGAGUGCCCCUGCAAGCACUCGCUCCGAUGAGCUUGCGCCAGCGUGGAGGUGUGGUCUGGUCUCCGUGCUGCGUAUGCAGCAGCAGCAGCAAGCUCAGACACUCAGCCCCAGAGCAGACGGGCUCUCAUCCAGCCAGCCGGCCCCUCAGGUGUGAAGCUGUGGAUGAAGAUGCGGGUGGGAGACCUGGAUGCAGAGCUACAGCGACUGACGACAGUCGCCCAGAGAAUUGAUGAGAUCCUGCAGGAGGAGGGCAGCUCUCUCUGUGCCGCCGAUAUCGAGUCUGAACUGAAGAAGCAGUUUGCCUUCCUACCAGGGGGGCGGGGGAGAAACUGUAGCCCCGUCAUUGUCUUCCCAGAAUUCCCUGCAUUCGACGAGCUCCAGGAGAGUGAAUUUCACAAUGUGUUGACAUAUCUGACCAGCAUCCCCAGCAUCUCCACGGCAACGCUUGGGUUCAUCCUGGUCAUUGACCGGCGGCUGGACAAAUGGACAUCCGUGAAGGCAACUCUGCUGCGGAUUGCGAGCUCAUUCCCAGGGAACCUAGAGGUGGUGCUGGUGUUGCGUCCCACAAACCUGCUCCAUCGCACCUUCUCUGACCUUUAUUUCAUGUUCAACAAGGAUGAGUUUAAAAUGAAGGUGCCAGUGAUCAUGCUCAGUUCAGUGACUGAACUUCACAGCUUCAUUGACAGGACUCAGCUGACACAGGAGCUGGGGGGAACCCAGGAGUAUUGCCAUGAAAAGUGGAUUUCACAUCGAACUGCCAUUGAGGGUUUCGCGUUGAUGGUCAAGAUGACUGCUCAGUCACUCCAGUCAUUUGGGACAGAACUAGCUGAGACUGAGUUGCCUAAAGACAUCCAGGCCACCAAUGAUCUUCUAGAUGCUCACACUGAGAAGAAGGACAAGAUGAAGAAGGAUCUGGUGGUUGCCCUCAGCCAGGGAACUGCAUUGCUGGAGAGCAUCAAUGAGCCACUGCUGAAGGAACCAGAUUACAGCAUGGACCAGGAUGAGCUGGAGAACCUGAGCACCGUGCAGAGGCUUCUAUCCCAGCUGGAUGAGACUGAGGUGGCAUUUGAUGUAUUCUGGGAACGGCACCAUACCAAGCUGGAGCAGUGUCUCCUACUCCGUCACUUUGAGCACAAAUUCCAGGAGGUGCGAGCACAACUGGACCUUCUGGCAGAAUACCUGAAGGGGCCCAUGCUCUCGGAGAUCGCAAUAGGCCCGGCUCAUGUGGAGCACAUGCUGAGGGACGUCAGCAGCCAUGAGGAGAAAGUCUGCGGUUGUGUUCUGCGAGCUCAGGAAUUAGCCUGUCAGGGAGACCAACUCAUUGAGAGCUUCCACUAUGCCAUGGACUCCAUCCUGCUCAAGUGCAGAGAGCUGCGGGCCACCAGCGAGGAUCUCAGCUCAGACCUGAAGGCCAAGAAGACCCACCUGCUGAAAGCUAUGGAGCUGCACCAGAAUCUAGAGAAGGUUGCUAAGUGGUGUGAGGAUGGCAUCUACCUACUUGCCUCCCAGCCCGUGGACAAGUGCCAGUCUCAGGAAGGGGCCGAGUCUGCAUUGCAAGAGUUAGAGCACUACCUCAGCACCAGGGGGCAGCAGAGUCAACACAUAGAUCGUGACAUCAUUUGGAGGGACUAUGAUGCAGUGCUGAAUGGUGAAUUCAGGGAUCAUGUGGAGAAGGUGUUGCAGAAACAGGUGUCCAUGGAGGAGAUGUUUGACAAGCGUCGUGUCAGCCUGAAGAAGCUGGCGACCAAGCAGACUCGCCCUGUCCAGCCCGUUGCCCCCAGCCCCGAAGCCUCUAUGAAGCCAACGGUUUCCUCCCCAGUUCACCUCGGCCCUGAGAAAAUCACUAGUGACGCUAACCGACUUAAUGGAAUGAACUAUACAAAGGUCGAGCUUAAUCUGCAGUUCAACAGCAAGCAUGGGUCGAUCUCUGAGGAAGAGGACAAUCUGGCAAUUCUAAGGCGGCAUGUGAUGAACGAAUUGCUGGAGACAGAGAGGAUGUAUGUAGAGGAGUUACUUUGUGUGCUUCAGGGCUAUGCUGCAGAGAUGGAUAAUCCAGCAAUGAUACAUCUCAUCCCUAGUGUGCUGCUAAACAAGAAGGAUGUGCUCUUCGGUAACAUGCCUGAGAUAUACCAGUUUCAUAAGAGGAACUUUCUGAAGGAGCUGGAGACUUACACUGAAUGUCCUGAGUUGGUGGGUCGUUGUUUUCUACAGAGGAUGACGGACCUGCAGAUCUAUGAGAAGUACUGCCAGAACAAGCCCCGCUCGGAGAGCCUGUGGAGGCAGUGCUCGGACUGCGCCUUCUUCCAGGAGUGUCAAAAAAAACUUGAACACAAACUGGGCCUGGAUUCCUACCUGUUGAAACCAGUGCAGAGGAUUACCAAGUACCAGCUGUUACUGAGAGAGCUAAUAAAGUACAGCAAAGGCUGUGAGGGGGCAGAGGACCUGCAGGAGGCACUCUCAGCCAUUCUGGGCAUCCUGAAAGCCGUCAAUGACUCCAUGCACCUCAUUGCCAUCACUGGAUAUGAGGGGGACCUGAGCAACCUGGGCAGGCUUCUGAUGCAGGGCUCAUUCAGUGUCUGGAUAGAGCACAAAAAGGCCCAUGCCAAGGUGAAGGACCUAGCACGCUUCAAACCAAUGCAGCGACACCUCUUCCUGCAUGAGAAGGCACUGCUCUUCUGCAAGAGGAGAGAGGAGAGUGGCGAGGGAUACGAGAAAGCCCCCUCCUACAGCUUCAAGCACUCGCUCAACAUGAGUGCUGUUGGCAUCACAGAGAAUGUGAAAGGAGACAGCAAGAAGUUUGAGAUCUGGUCUAAUUCAAGAGAGGAGGUGUACAUAGCGCAGGCCCCAACGGCUGAUAUUAAGACAGCGUGGGUGAAUGAAAUACGAAAAGUCCUAACAGGACAGCUGAAAGCCUGUAAGGAUGCCAGCCAGCAAAGGUCACCGGAGCAGCUGUUACAGUCUCUUGCUGUGACCCCUGCAACUGCAAACCUGAGUCCACUCAAAAGCAACCAGAAAAGCAUAAAGAAGGGAGAGGAGAAGAAGGUUUAUGAUGCAGAGUCUAACACCUCACCCUCUCAUCACACGGACAAAGUGAAAGACGAGACUGUCACAAGCCCGACCACUGAAAGGGCUGCUGUAGCUAAAAAGCGCUUUACUUUGCAAGGUUUUACCAGCCUGAAGACGCAGAAAGGAUCUCCCACCAGCCCCGAAAACAAAAUCAAACUGCACGAGAUUAAGAGUGACCUCACUCCCUUCAGAGACUGGCCCAAGGCUUCAACAGAUGCUUCAGAGGACAAUGAUGACUCCUCCAGCACGGAGGACCCCCUGAACUCCGACCCUGAGGAUGAGGGGGGAAAGAAACUGUCUCCUGGGAAAUAUACAGUGGAGGCAGACUAUGACAGUGGGGAGCCCCAGGAUGUGUCAGUGAAGAGUGGGGACAUGGUGCAGCUGGUGAAGGAAGGAGACGAUGGACAGUGGUUUGUAUGUAACCUGACAACCAACAAAGAGGGUUGGAUUCCAGCAUCUAACCUGGCACCUCUACUCGAACAAUCCAAGUCUGUACAGUCUCUCAGCAGUUCAGAGGGCAGUGGCUCAGGUGACCUCAGCACAUCCUCCAGCUGUAGUGAAACCUACACCAGCUUCUCUGACAUCAAAGCCUGAGGUCCCUAUCCACCCAGAUGUUAAGUGCCACCUGGUGGCCAAAACUAUUCUACUCCACUGUCAUCUCCUCAAACAUUAAUGAUAUGGAAGUGACAUGGAUGAAAACACGGAUGUUGGAGAUCUUCCAGUGGCAAGUCAUCCUGUACGCGAGGAGAGUUGAUGGAACUGAAGCACCUAGGAGCAGACAGAAAUAGUCCUAAUUAUUUUCCUCUAAACCUCAAGCCCAAGAACAGCUCUCUGCACUAGACUGUGUGUCUCUUUUGUCCUGCAUUUUUGUUUCUACUGAUGAUGUUGGUCUACAUCCAAGAUCCUGGCGAAUCCCCUAGAAAUGUUCACAAAAAAUGAAUGACCCUCUCUUAAUAGAAAUGUGUACAGCCACAACUAAUCUUCAAGCCUCAAUUUGAUCUUCAAACUGUGAUAUGUCCUGCACCAGCAGGAUAGUGAGGCUUGUGUAUUGAAACAUUAUAGGACACUGAGUCUCGGGAUUGUUUUACUGCAAUAGUACUAGUCUGACAGCUCUCUUGAUCACAUGAUUUCUCCUCUCUGUACAUAUAAAUACUGUAUAAAUCUAAACGAAAAACUACAUUAUUUUAAUCAGUUCUGAAAUGCGGACAGAAGUUAGAGUUACAGUUGUAUGAAUACAUUAUAAACUCAUGUACAGAUAUCUUGUAAAGCAUUGCAUAGUUGUACAGAUAUUAUAUAAUGUUUUGUUUAAUGUAAAAUGUAUAUAUACUGUAUAAAAAGAUUAUAUCUUAAACUUUCACAGAUCUACGAUGAUGCAGAUUUUUUUUAUUCGGUUUGCGGUGACUCCUUUUCAGCUGUACAGGCGGGAUCAUAUAUAUCAAAUUGUCUUCCACUAUCUCACUGUCUCACUCAGUGAUCAUACUGAGCUCCUCAGCGUAAAACACAAGGACCGGGCUGUUUCGUCUUA